AUGGGCCACGUUGGAGAUCCUAGCGAGUUACCCAAAAACAUGGGCAAGACUCCGACCAGCAUUUACGCUGAUCCGAAUGUGGACGACAUCGCACGAAAUAAUCCAACUGCUGAGCGAGAUGGAUAUCUUAUUCCUGAGACCGAUGAAACUGGAUAUCGGAUAAGAGAGCAGCCAUAUGGCACCAAGCGUGAAGUGAAGGUCGUCAUCAUGGGUGCUGGUGCAUCCACUCUGAACUUUUUGAAGAAGGCUGAAGAACAGAUGGAAAACUUGAAAAUCACCGUAUACGAGAAGAAUCACGACGUCGGAGGGACUUGGCUGGAGAAUCGGUAUCCCGGCUGUGCUUGCGAUAUUCCAAGCGUAUGCUAUCAGUUCCCCUGGGCGAUCAAGCUAUGGUCUCAUUUCUACUCUUACAGUCCAGAGAUAUGGGAAUACAUGAAGGAUCUGUACGACAAAGGCGAUUUCAUCAACAAGUAUGUCAAGCUCAAACACCAAAUCAACCACGCCGAGUGGAACGAUAAGAAGGGGAAAUGGAUUCUAAAGGUCCAAAAUCUGAUCACUGGAGACGAUUUCGAGGAUGAAGCCGAGUUUUUCAUCAAUGCUGGUGGCGUGCUCAACAAUUUCAAGUGGCCAGAUAUCCCAGGUCUUAAGGACUUCAAGGGCAAAUUGAUGCAUUCAGCCGCAUAUGAAGAAGGCUACGACUUGAGAGACAAGAAGGUCGCUGUCGUCGGUGCGGGAAGUUCUGGCGUGCAGAUUGUGGCAAAAUUGCAACCUCAUGUCAAACAGCUAUACCAUUGGAUCCGUUCACCGAUCUGGAUUACGGCUGGAUUUGCGCAGACGUGGGCGGGCACAGAUGGAGCCAACUUCGAAUAUACUAAGGAGCAGCUUAAAUAUCUCGAAGAGAAUCCUCAAAAGUACCUCGAAUACCGCAAGCAGAUCGAGAACGAGUUGAAUCAGCGCUUCAAAUUCAUCAUCAAAGGCUCCAAAGAAGCCGCCGAUGCUCGAGACUUCAGCUACGAACAAAUGGCUCGCAAACUCAAUCACGACGCCCGCCUCUGCGACAAUAUCAUCCCCAAGAACUUCAACCCAGGCUGCAGACGUCCCACGCCUGCUCCAGGCUACCUCGAAGCCCUCGUAGCCCCUAACUCCACAAUCUUCACCGACGCCAUCAACACCUUCAACGAAACCGGUUUCAUCGACCAAGAAGGCAACCACCACUCCUGCGAUGUCGUGAUCUGCGCCACAGGCUUCGACACCAGCUGGCUCCCCCGCUUCCCCUUCAUCGCCCACGGCAAAGACCUCCGUGAAAUCUGGACGCCGGAAGCAGGCGUAACAUCCUACCUCUCCAUCGGAAUCCCCUGUUUCCCCAACCACUUCUCCUUCUGCGGCCCCUACGGCCCUCUCGGACACGGAAGUUUUCUCCCCCUCAUCGAGCGCUGGACAGAAUACAUGUUCUCCGUCAUCACCAAAGCCCAAGUCGAAAAUAUCAAAUCUUUCACUCCGAAAUGGAAACCUUCAAAACAGUUCCGCCAACACGCGGAUUUGUUUUUACAGCGUACGGCAUGGACGAGCCCUUGUAGGAGUUGGUUCAAGCAGGGGAAAGCGGAUGGGCAGGCGGCGAUUUACCCAGGGAGUAGGUUGAGUUUUUUGCAUUUGUUGGAGAGGCCGAGGUAUGAGGAUUUUGAGAUUGAGAGUUGGGAUGAGAAUGUUUUUGCGUUUUUGGGGAAUGGCUUCGAUACCCGCGAGUUCGAUGGGAGAGAUAUUACGCAUUAUUUGGGAUUGUUGGAAGAAGGGAAAGAUGUACAGCCUCAGUAUGGGGACGAGUUGUUGAAUAAACUCGCGGGUUGGGCUGUAGGGAUGUGA